AAUUGUUAUUUUAUAGUAUUUUAAACGCAACUGUUUUUAACUUCCGCACACACACUCACUCACACACACGAACCAUGUUUGAUAGACUUUCCGUACCAGAGGCAGCCAUCGCAAAGCACCUGGAGCCAUGGGAGAAAAUCAAGUGGAGGGAUGAUCAACUGCACACCAUCUAUAACGACUGGGGCACUUACUUUUCGCGGAACGCGAAGCUGAACCUUGGCACUAAGUAUUUUGAUGCUGCGCUAAAGCUUAGCCCCGAGAACAUUAACUCCCUGCUGAAGAGGAGUCAGGUGAAGCGGGCAAGGGCGUGGCCAAUGGAAGGGCUUGCUGACGCGAUGCGCUCAAAAGCGAUUUUCAAGCGUGACAAUCCUCGCGGCUCGAGUCGCGAAAUUGAUUUGGAGAUCUGUGAUGCACUCAUCGAAUCGAAUAAGUUCGAGGAAGCAAUGAGAUUCGCCUGCUCCAAUAUGAAAGACCUCACCUAUUCGCAUGCACUGGCCAUGGAGAAGCGUAUAUUCCUGAUCAAUCGUAUCGUUAGCGACAUGUUAUCGACUGAAACAGAAUCGUCUGUGUAUCGCCUGAUAACGAGCAUGAUGAAGGACAUAGCCACACAGCCCAAGGACGUGAAGUCAGACUGUGAUGUGCUGAGCAUAGUACAAAAACAGCCGAAGAUUCUCUCGCCGCUGGAGAAGAAGCGGCUUGAGCGUCGAUUCAAGACAUUUACCCAGGCCUACGUGAAUAACAGCUGGAUGGACGUGACGUUUCUGAAGAAUCUGCGCGAUAAUCCAAAUCUUUUACUGAAGCAAAGUGUUCAGUCAUCAGAGUAUUUGCAAAAUCUGACCAACGAGCGGUAUCACACCCUGCGAAACUUUACGAAAAUGCUGCAUGCCCGCCAGCCCAUGUACAGCAAAAAGUGUCCCAAUAGGGAGCUCUCGCGCAAGUUCCAGGAGGAGAACUUCUUCCGCAUACAGAAUCAAACGAGGCGAAAUAUGUUCAAGACGCUGCAAAACAUACGAACUUUGAUCAGACGAAAUGAUCUAGCUAAAUUGACAAAGUUCGUGGCCAACGUGAUGGACUCCUAUGUGGCGAUCAAGACGCACCGCGUUAUGCCUUGGAAAUUUGAAUUCAUUAAUGAGGUCUUCAACUACUUGGGUUUGGCCCGCAUUAAUGAAUACAAAAUUUCAAACAUAUACAAAUCGAUGGGUCGAUCGAAUCUGCUGGAUCUAUUUAGGAUCUCACAUCAUGUCUCCAAUGUGACCAAUGUAAUCACGAAUGAUUUAGGCCAGAUCAAAAGGGAGAAGUUCGAGGAUACAAAGGCGGUGCUCAAACACCGCAUGGAUCAGUUCGAGAGGCGCCUGCGAUUCGCCAAAUAUACCAUCGAGCGCUGUUAUCUGUACCACGAGGCGGCGCAGGCGCACCUGAAUAAUCAUUCCUUUGACAAAUGCUGUCAGCUGGCCCGCAAAGCAAUGGAUGAAGCCGAGAAGGGUGGACACUAUGUGUGGGGCGCUUUGAGCGCCCUCAUCGCCUGCAAAGCGCACACCGUACUGGGCAAAGUGGAGAAGCAGAAGCAAAUGCUAAAUGAGGCCUUUCGGUAUGCCAAGCAACUGCAGAACAUCGAUCUCAUUCUGUUCAUUGACAUUUGCCUGCGGGUCAACAACGAGGAAAUGGAACUGAAGACCGCCCUUACCUAUGAGGGCUGCGGAAGACGUCGAUUGCGGCGGCUGAUGACCAGCCUUGACACCUCUUGUGACAACUCUAUCUAUACAAAUUCCAAUUCAUUUGCUCCCGAGCCGUCCACAGAUAACUUCAAGGAAUGAAUUAUGAAUAGUGUUUGU